UUUCUUCUGAAUUCACCAGCUCUGGUACCUGUAUCCAUUGUUUCAUCCACAACCGGACGACCAUCACGAUUUGCAUUGAUAUGCGCACCAACAGAUGAGGAUCGUAACGCUACUGCUGCAGCUGCAAAGCUGCCGAAAGGAGAGAAAUCUAUGCAGAUAGUUGAGCAAUCCCGAGCUCGUGCUUUGAAAUCAGCAACCGAUAAAGCAGGAGAAGAGGAAGACGAAGCGAAGCCUAGUAAGGAUGGACUGGAGGAUUUCAUUUCGUUGGACAUUCAUGCGAAAGAAAAACUGGUACCGUUGGACUCGAUUUUCCCGGACAAAGAACUGAUACGGUAA